CAUGCACGGGGAAGAAUUUUGCACCUCGCUAAAGCCAUCUUUCGGGACCGGGCGCAGAUCGGUGGAGUGAUUCUCAGUGCUGCUCUCGGUGCGAUACGACGUGCGAGCAAACGUUGCUCGGUAGGCGCGCGCUUGUCCGAAGAAAGGAAAAGAAGAAAAGAAAAAAAAAAACUUCAAACAAGUCACAAUUGGUCGACGUGCGAGCCAAAAAGGGAAUUCAAUUCUGUGUAGCGAUUGUCCGGGUAGGAAAAAUCGACACCGAAGGAAUUUCAUCCAGCGCCUGCUGUCCUCCUCAUAGUGGCGUGUUCUGCGUGUCUGAGUGUCUUCGUCUGCUCGAACAAGAAAAUCUCGAUUCAAGUGCGUUUUAGUACUGCGCUGUAAGAAGUGGAACAAGAAGAAAACCUGACGACGAAGCAGAGCGAACGCAAAAGAAAAAAGAAAAAGGAACAAAUCCAAAGUCCCACGAGAAGGGAAGUGACGGUUUGGUUGUGUUGAAUAGAAUUUUGGUUGUUUUGAACCGAACCCGAAUUGUGUGUGCGAUAUUGCGCGUGUGUGUGUGAGUGUACGUGUGUAAUUGUGUUCCGAAUCGGACAAACGAUCGAUGACAACUACCUGUUAAGUGGAAGUGUCUUUCGGCAGCAGCACACCAUAUUCUGAAGGUUACGUAUGCACUAGAAGCCACCCGUUUGCAGCUAGGAGAAUCGAAUCUACAGCACUAAACUUAGAGAGGAUUACAUUAAACGCUUUCAAACGUUAAGCUACUACAACCAAUCGUCUUCGUAAGCAGUACAGAAGCGUCUUCAUCAGCCAACAUGAUACACGUGGACGAAACAGAUCCUCUCGGUGACAUACCACCAGCGUUCCCGUACCGAGAGGUGGAAAUUAAGCGAGGCAUCGAUCCAAAACAGAUAUACGAGCUCAGCUCCGAGCUUGGCAGAGGCAAGUUCGGUGUCGUCUACAAAUGCAAGGAAAAGUCGACGGGCGUCCGGCUGGCGGCCAAAUUCAUCCAGAUCGUAAAGAAGGGCGACCGGCGUAACAUCGAACGCGAGGUGCACAUGAUGAACGUGCUGCACCACUCGAAGAUCGCCCAGCUGUACGCGGCGUACGAGUUCGAUCGGACCUUCUGCGUCAUGAUGGAGCUCGUCGAGGGCGGUGAGCUGUUCGACCGGGUGCUGGACGAAAAGUUCGUGCUGACCGAGAAGGCGUGCGCGAUCUUUAUGCGCCAGAUCUGCGAUGCGGUGGCGUACAUACACGGCAAUAACAUCAUUCAUCUGGACAUGAAGCCGGAGAACAUACUGUGCCUGACCGAGAGCGGGAAUCGGAUCAAGAUAAUCGAUUUCGGGCUGGCGCGCGAGUACGAUCCGGACAACAAGCUGCAGGUGCUGUUCGGUACGCCCGAGUUUGUUGCACCGGAGGUGGUCAACUUUGAGGCGAUCUCGUUCGCGACGGACAUGUGGAGCGUUGGCGUCAUCGCCUAUGUGCUCGUAUCGGGCCUGUCACCGUUUGCCGGUGAGGACGACAUCCAGACGAUGGGAAACAUUACGAUCGGGCGGUACGAUUUCCUGGACGAAGCGUUCGACAGUGUGUCCGAGGAGGCUAUUGACUUUAUAAACCGUUGUUUGGUGAAGGAACAGAAAGAACGGCUAACGGCCGAGGAUGCGCUCAAACACAAGUGGAUCAAGCGGAAACCACAGUACCAUCCAACAAACCGACGACCAUCCCUCACAAACUUCAAGCCGAUCCUGCUGGAAAGCAACAACAACAGUAGCAAUGUGACGGUAGGCGAUAAGCACAAUGCCGAAAUUGCGAAGGACAAUCUGAAGGAGCUGGUGGGCAAGUGGGACGAAACGCCCAACAAUCGGUACGCGUUCGAGCAGGACACGGAGAACAUUAUUGCCCCGUCCGGUGAAACCGUACAGCUGCGGCGACCGACGCUACCGGAGCUGGCAGGGCUAGCGAACGGCAGCAACACGUCCGGCAGUCGGAGAGGCAGUAUAGCGCGAGCCGCUGAUGCGAAUGAGGAUGAAGAGAUACACGCCGACAGCGAAGCACCGAAAGGGGAUGUUUUGAGCUAUAUUGUCCAUCACCAUUUCGACGACGAUCCGAAGCAGCAGCAGCAUCAUCACCACGACCAAAGUGAACUACCGAUAGUGCUCGAGCUGACGACACAGCAGAACAAACCGAGUGUGAAGGAACCGGAAGGCAUGCGUACUACCACCGCGACGACGCUUGGCAACGGCAACUUUCCGCUCUGCACUAACACACCGCCAACAGUGGCAGUGCCUACUUCGUGCGCCACUAAUAACGAGCGUUCGGGCAGCAGUCAACGAAGUUUGACAGCUAGCGGCGCCUGCUACGAUUCUGCGACGGAGCGUACCGCUGGUAGUAGUAGUAUUUGCAGUAGUGAUAGCAAUGGCAGUAUUAGUAGCUGUAGUAGCUUAGCAAAGGAGGAGCACAUUGCGCCUGCUACUAACCGAACGCAGAAAGCUUGCGCAGCUGACGGUGGUCCUGAGCCGGCAUCAGAGACCAUCGUCAUCGUCGUCCAGCACCCGCACACCACCACACGUCCCACCCCACACACACACACUGAUACGAACCAAUCCGAUGGGCGGCCGAACCGUGCGUCCCGGUCGUCCGAUUUCCUUUCCUGCCUUUCCGCAGAUAGCGAUUCAAUGGCAUCCUCCUGCGACACCACGGCAAGCGUGUGCACGGAACCGGCCACAUCACCCACCUCACCACCACCACCACCACUGACAGCUGACAGUCAGCAUCCACCACACAACCACCAGACCGAAACACGCCUGGACAAGGUACGUGACGAUUUGCGCAAACUAUCCGAUUUACUAAAGCUUUCCCUCACGAACGUGAAGGCACUGGACGGGAGAGCGGAGGGCACUACUGCUGCGGAGGACGCGCCCACCACCGUCUCGCCCACCUCACCCGCACUCGAGUUGGACAGUGAGCUGGAGAGUUUGAAGUCGAAGGUGAACACGAUCCGUACGUCCCGGGCGCAGAACAAACUGAACGAGCUCGCCCAGCGACCCGACUUUCUCGCGAACGAAACGUUCAAGCUGCCCACGUUCCGGUUCCUGCCCAAGUCGAUCAGCCUGUGCAAUGAGGAUUCGGUGUUUAAGGAAAACUAUACCAAGUUUUGUGAUCGGAAUGCUGGGUCUCGGUUAAGCCGGGAACAGUCACAGGAAACAACCGUAACCGAGCAGGUGGACACAUCGGGCUCGGUUGUGCGCAAGAAAUCCACCACCACAACUACGAAGAAGAAAAAGGACGUGGACAGUGCGGCAUCUGCCACAGCGACAACCACAACCACGACCACCACCACCUUCGCAAGUACCGGGUCGGGACGGAUCGCUUCGACCACUACGGUGCGGAAGACGAUCGUUAAACAGCAGAAGAUAGUGUUGGACGACACUGGCUCUGUGACGACACCGGUUACUACCGUCACCUCGGAGAGCAGACGAUCGGUCGCUCCAACGAAGAGUUUCGAUGUGCCUGCGCCCGAUACUAAGCUAACGCAUUCUGCCUCGAUCAAGCGGACAAAGUUCCGCGUUAACCAGCUCAGCAGUCGGGAUGUGCCGGUGGCGAUUAAUUCCGUCGCACGGCGAUAUCUCGAGCGGAGCGGCAUACAGGACGAUCUGACGGCGGUUGCCGUGGGCAGAGUACCGCCACCAGCGAGCACCGUCCAGACGACGCUGGACGACACGGUGACGGCGAACAAUAUGCGCAACAAUGCGAUUCGGCUGCGGAGCUCGGUUUCGGUCGACUGGGAUGCGGUCGAAAAUCGGUCGAUGAAGACGAUCAACACCAUACUGAAGCGCCAUGCUGUGGCCAGCUCGGCUGUGAAACAGAUCCAGGCGCAGCUGGAGGCGAGCAUCACAACGCACAAGUAGAGAGAGAGAGAGAGAUGCCGCGUGUCCGGGCGACGGGAUGAUUGUACAUACAGUUCGCACACUUUCUAUACGCCAUGUGUAUUUAUAGGUAGAUUCUAUUUAUCGGAGCAGACGGAGGGACGCGAGUUGCGAUGCUAAUGGGGCAUGUACAUGUAGCAUAGGUGAUGAAGGAUUGUGUUUCCUGUAGGGAUUAAUCUACGUCGACGUAGGUACAGUAAAGUUACAACGAGCUGCAGCACGCUAAUGCUUUACGAACGAUGUUCGGGCGGAAAGCGUUAAGCGUGCGCGGCUCGUAAUGCAACGUGACACAGAACGAGUUAGGGAAACCGGAGUCCUUUUGUUCCAGUUGCUCCAGUACGUGAAACGAUAGGAGUUAGCACCUAGUUAAGGAAAUGUAUGUCUAGCGAAAUAAAGAAUAUACGUAAAACCAGCUUA